AUAACAUGCCUCCUAUGGGGAAUGGAUUCUUUCAAUGCAGCGGUUUGGGCAUUUGAGAAAAGAGAGGAAGAUUAAUGAAAUUAAUUCGAGACUUGAUGAGACGCAGUUACCCUCCGCAGGAGUUUUGUGUGAUGAUGAUGUAGAUGGUGAAGACCCUGCCUGUGCCUCAGGAGAUGCUGCUGCUGAAGGAGGUGUUUUUUGUUGCAGCAGCAUCGUCUCAAACACAGCAGCUGGUGUGAUCGCAGGAUCCCCACCAAGUACAAAUACAGCUAUGCAAAAAGGAGCACAGCAUUAGCAAUAUGUAAGCUUAAAGCACAUGUAACUACCUAAGCAAGACAUUUGCAGUCUCUCGUAUCUUGGCGUCUGGGCAGAGAGCCAAAGUUACCAGAUGUCUAAUCAAGAUGUGUGGAGGAGUGGAGACACAGUGUGAAAACAGAACACCACAAACAAAGGACUAGUUUGAAACAGUUUCUAACAGAUUAAUUUUUGGUGCCGAAUACCCAGGAUUCCUGAGAAACUUCCUGAAACAAUCACUGGUUGUAAAGAUUGAUUUUCAUCAUUUUUAUGACCGGUUCCAUUAUCAUUGUCUUGAUCAGGAUAAUGAAGCCAGUGAAAAGGAGCACACGUUUGCCUGGAAGUUUCUAUCGCAUUCACAAGUUAGCAUGUUGUCAGAACUGAGCGUGGAACAAGUGCAAAAGAAAAUGGAAGACAUCCUCCAGUUUAAAAACCGUCAGACGUGCUUAAAGGAGGCAGCUUUAUUGGAUUACUAUGUCUCUGGGUUUUGGUGGGCCAAAGAAACGAACUUUACAAGCCAGCAGAUAUCAGGUUUCAUGACCCUCUUACGCAUGCUGUUGGAGAAUGCCAAAAAACACAUGUCACUUGUGGACAACUGGAAAGAACUUGCAAAGACAAUGGCUGGAAUUAGGCAGUCCAGUCCAGCAGGAAAAGGUGGAAUUGAAUUCUUCAGUGUGGACCAGGCCAUCUCCAUCAUUGACUAUUUCAAGUCCAGUUUAUUUCAGCAUUAUAAACUAUACGAAUUUCUCUUCAGUCAACCAAGAGAUGAGCUUGUUCUGGGCCUGGAAGAAAACAUUGAGGUUAUUAAGCCAACAGAGUUCCCAUUCCCAGCUCCGCUUGAGGAAGGCCUGUCCUCUGACAUCUACUCUCAGUUUAUAGCACCGGCCCCAGCAGAACAAAGUGAAGACGAGAUGGGUAAGCAGGAUUAUGAUGAGAGAACUUCUGUAACUGAAGCAGAAGUCAAAGAUCCUUUGGAAGGCUACACCAUGGAAGAUGUAAAGUCAGUGUUGGGGCUUGUCACACGAGACGUCAUUGGAAACCUGCAGACGGAGAUCAGUGAGAAGCUCCGAGUGCAGGAGGAGACCUACAUUGUGAGAAUGGACAGACUUAAGAAUUCCUAAACCAAUUAACUGCAAGGAAAUUGAAGGGAGGCGUAAUGCCAUUUGUUAAACAAUUCACAGUCAAGCUGUGAAAAUGUGAUUAAACACCACUGAUGUUAGCCUUCAUCCAGAACUUCAAAUACUGAAUCAUAUUUUCUGAGUUCACUCGAAACAACAAACCUUUUGGUUAAUGCUUUUUCCCUCAUUUUUUAUACUGUAUAAAAUAAAAUCUGUUCAUAUUUGUUGGAAACCAUAUGUCUUUUUAUUACUGGGAUUCUUCUUUACAAAUAUUUAACUCGCAGCAAUUUAAAGAGUAUGCUGCUACAAAUUGCAUUUGAAAAGUAUAUUUUACUGUCCCCUUGAAUUUAAGUUGUUUACCAUUAUUCUUAGUGGUUUUUAUUUGAGAAGUCAUAUAUAUAUAUAUAUAUAUAUAUAUAUAUAUAUAUAUAUAUAUAUAUAUAUAUAUAUAUAUAUAUAUAUACAUACAUUUUUUUAUGUAACCAGGGCUAGAUCGGCCAAGUCCUUUAUAGACAUAAAAGCAGCACUAUCUGAAUCACAGCUCUGUAUUUCCAGCAAAACAAACUAAAAAAAAAAACCUGUUCACUAGAUGGCUCAGGCUCUUACCUCUAAUAAGACAUUGGACUGAUCUAGCCUGGGUUACAUAUGUCUACGGCAAUCAACUGGAACAGAAGAUCUGCCACAGAACAGUUAUCUUAACUAAUGUACUUGCAUUCUUAUUUUCUGUUACUGUUCUUUUAUACUUUUUUUUGCUUUUUUUGUAUUUUUUAUUUUUUUACUUUGAAAAACAUUAUUAUUGGAUAUAAAAACAAGUUGUAUAGUGAAAUUGACAGUACCUGAAUAAUUAAAAAAAACUAAACUACACCAUUUUUAAAGGUGACCAGAGCUAAAUAAUGCUGAGCUGUGUGGGCUCAGUGAAGUUGUCUUUUGUGUUCAUGUUUUUAGUACAGUCUAACCUUUUGAACUGGAGCCAUCUAGUGUUCUCAGUGAAAACCUUUUUAGUGUGGUCACAGGAGUUUGGGCUCAGUCAUAAUUAAAGCUAUCUGGAAUUCUGA